CCGACCCACCGGGAAGGGAAAACACCAGUCUUCUGAUAACCAACACCUUCUCCCACUUUUACGCAUCCAACCACGAUCUCUCCAGUGACGUUACCGUUGAAUGUGGGGUUGGAGGCUAUUCGGAUACAAUCUGUGUUCUGCUGGUUUGUUUUCAAUGCAGUAAAACGGUUUGCUCCGAUCCUCCCCCGGAGUCAAGGAUUGAGAGGGAAGCAGCGCUUAACUCGCGGACUGACCAGCUACGGACAUGGCGAUGGGAUCUCUGCAGUGGCCCUGUAAAUCUUGUGCUUAGUAAACUCGUAAAGCAAGGUUUUUUUUACGCGCUAUAUUUCACAGGAAAAGGACGUUGAUUCAAUCACAACCUUGGAUUUUUGUGAACAUUGAUUUGAUUAUCAGAUCGGCUAUAAUUAUUUUUGCCUUUUUUUCAGCGCACUGUUGACGCCAUUUUCCUCAGGUUUUCUGUAUAAAAAAAACUUGCUCCAUUUGACAGCUACCAAGGACGCUGUCAGUGCAGACGCCGGUUCUGUAAAUGUGACCAAAUGGAUUUUAAAUGAUCUUGAUGACAUAUUUACACAAUAGUCUCAAGUGUUCGACAACAUUGGACAUGGUUUGGCUCGGUUGGAUUACCUGUGUUCCUGUGGGACAACCAAUCCAGACGCAGUAGCUACCGUUCCCAAGGCAACCCAGUCUGACGGACAGCCGCUCUCUGCAAACCUAUUGGCUGGCUGCUGCGGCUCUCUGGAUCCUGACUGGUUCUGGCGGGAGCGUGGAUGGAGCCGAGGGAUCUGGUUGGCUCAGCCCGACCCAAAGAGGCGGAGUUAGGAGGCGGAAGGGCUGAGCCUGAAGAGGAAGAACAGGAAAGAGCGGGGCUGGGGCCAGCGUCGCGGGGUGAUGAGGUCAUUGGCGAUGUGAUGGGCGAGCGCUGGGGGUCCCAGGGGGAAGGGGAGGGGCUAGAGGAACAGGAGUUCUCCAUUAAAGAAGCCAGCUUCCAGGAGGGGAGUCUUAAGCUGAAGAUCCAGACCACCAAACGCAUCAAGAAGCCCCCCAAGAGUCUGGAGAACUACAUCUGUCCCCCGGAGAUCCGGAUGACCAUCCGACCCCCCUCAGGGGAGGGCCGAGGGGGCCGACUGGGGGGCCGCGCAGCACAGGACAAGGGACCUCCUAGGAAGAGGACCUAUGAGAGACCCUUCAAAGCAGCAGAACCUAGAGAGGGGGGGCUACUGCAACUACUGGGGGAUGUCACCCCCCCAAAACACCAGCCCAAGCCCUCUAUCCUACACACCACACCACUGCCCCCCCACACACUCACAUACCAACCCCAACAGCAACACACACAGCCACCAAAGUUCACACACCAACAUACACACAGUCCAUCCUGGGCCACGCCUCCCUCCGCACCUCCAGCCAAUCCAGUGCAUGCGGAGCCUAGCAGAGAACCAGCAGGAGGAGCCAAUAGGAGCCCUCUCUCUGACCUGGCCCCUUCCUUCCUCAAACCUCCAAUGAAGAGAGUACCAGGAAGCCCCUCCCCUCGCUCUUACAGCCCAUCCCCCCAUCGACACCUGAGCCCUGAUCCCGUGUUGCCCGUAGUAACGGACGCUAGCAUUCUAAACCUGACCUCUCUCUCCAGAGGGCGGGGCUUACAGGAGGUCAGUGAGCAGCUGUUUGGAAACAUCAAGAGGAAGUACGGCAGGAAGGACCCCCAGAGGACUCAGGGUAAUACCCACAAUGCAGAGCUGCCAUGGGGAAGGAGGGCAGAGAAAGAUGCAGAGAGUCCAAUAGUUCCAGAUGAAAGGCAGAAGUUCAGGAGGGAGGAGACCCCUGAGCUGGAGAGAGAAGAGAAGGAGAGGGAGAGCAUAGGAAGGACAGGAGAGGAGGAGGAGAGGGAGAUGCCAACGCUUGGUGCUCCUGUGCUGAUGGAGGAGGGAAAAGGGAGGAAGAGGAGGAGGAGGCGGUCUCUCCAGGAGUCACUCACCCAGGAGGACCAAUCGGAGCAGCUGCAGGGCACUGACAUCACAGAGAGGAAGGAAUCAGGGCCUCCGGAGCCCAAAGUGUCCCACAAAAUGAAAGGCCACAAGAUGGAAUCAUACAAGAGUGAGUCUAGGUCAGGUCGGGGUGAGGAGGUUAGCCAGCCAGAGGCAGACGGAGAGAAUGGGGAGAGAGCAGACAGAGCAGAGAAAGGAGAGAGAGGAGAGAAGGGAGAGACAGGAGCGAGAGGAGACAAAGGAGAGAAGGCAGAGAGAGGAGAGAAGGGAGAGAAAGGAGCGAGAGGAGACAAAGGAGAGAAGGCAGAGAGAGGAGAGAAGGGAGAGAAAGGAGUGAGAGGAGACAAAGGAGAGAAGGCAGAGAGAGGAGAGAGGGGGAUGAGUGGGGCCGACAUGGAAUCAGCCAUGAUCCAGAGCUGGGUGAGGAAAAACCCCGUUGGCCGUCCUAGAUCAUCCACAGACCCCCACAAACACCCUGACCUUAACCCUAGCCCCAGAUUGCCAAGCCCUAACCUUAACCAUAUCCAUAGUCCAAGAUCCAGUCUCAACCCUAACCCUACACUGCCCAACCUAAGCCCCGGCCUUAACCCUAACCCUAACACCAGCCCAAAACUCAGCCCUUACCCCAGACCCCCCAAGACCAAGGACCGGUGGUCCUACCUCAAGUCCCGAAGCCCCCCUGGCCUGAUCCAGAGGGAGAGUGGCCGCAGCCCCCUAUCAGUCAUGUCUGAGCCCCCCUCUGCCUUCCCCAUCACCCCCUCCAGCCCCCUGUACACCAACACAGAUAGUCUAACUGUCCACACCCCCGCCAAGCGCAAACGAGGUCGUCCCAAAAAACAACCCCUGCUCACGGUGGAAACCAUCCAUGAAGGCACUUCCACCUCCCCCCUGAGCCCUCUGGCCCGGGAGAACCCCGCGGGGCUCAGCCGCAGGAGGAAGACCCACACGCUAACCACGCUAGCCCAAAUCACAUCGGGUUCCAUUAGCCCCAAUGCUAAUGGGUUGAAACUGCAGCGCAGUGAGGGUGGCCAUGUCAGGUCGGUGAAGAAGCUGAAGCUGGGGAAGGUGCAGAGUAUCCUGAAUGAGAUCCUAUCAGGCUCCGGCCAACAUGGCAGCCUGGCACUGAAGUCAGCCUCAGCUCCUGUCUCUUCCACCAUGACGGCCAUGGCCUCUACCAUUGAGGCGCAUCUGGGGAAGCAAAUCAACGUCAGUAAGAGAGGAACCAUCUAUAUCGGGAAAAAGAGAGGGAGGAAGCCACGCUCCGACACCCAAAACCUUCCCCACAGAGGCGGGGCCAAGCCUCCUUUGCCUGUCCCCAUGUCCAGCCUGUACAACAGCCUCCUAGUGCCUUCCACCCUCCCUCCCAGCUCCACUACCCUCCUCCUCAGACCCAGUCACACCCUAUCCUCUCUGUGCCUCCCUGGCCCUCGUGGCCCCUACUCUGACUCCACCAUGCCCAGCCUGCAGCCCAUCAGUGCCCUGCCCUCUAAACCCCUAGGCAGGGGGCUACUGGGAGCCGGCUGGAAGCUGUCUCCUCCACUCCUCCUGGCCAACUCCCCGUCCCACCUAUCUGAGGGGGCAGCAUCGGUCAAGGAGGUGACGCUGUCACCUAUCAGCGAAUCACACAGCGAGGAGACCAUUCCCAGCGACAGCGGCAUAGGGACAGACAACAACAGCACCUCUGACCAAACGGAGAAAGGAACCAACGCACGACGCAGAUACUCAUUUGACCUGUCUGGGUUUGAGGCUGCGGAGGCUGCAGCUCUGGAGGCCUCCAGUCGCGGCAGUAGGGGUCGCUGCGUGCGGCAGGCGGCAGUGGUGGACAACUUCCUGUCCCAGCAAGAGAAGAAGCAGAAACACCGCAGGAAGAGGAAGUGCCUGCAGAGCCGCGACCACCUGCACUUCCUGUCUGAGCUAGAAGAGGUUGUGGUGAAGCUGCAGCAGCUACAUGUGUCUCACCGACGCUACGCCUCCUGCUACCCCCAGCACCCCUACCCCUCCAUCUUCCGUCUCAACUUCCACCACCACUACUACCCCCUGACCUACGACCCCUACCCCUGUGACCCCGCCCCUUACUUGCGCAGGACCGCCGAGCUCAAGGCCAAGAGGAGGCGCGGCCGGCCCGCCAAAGCCAGUGAGCCAAUCACAUCCAAGCUGCCUUUUGUCCAGGGGUUUGGAUAUCCGCUGGCAGGGGGGAACUACUAUGCACCGUAUGCCAUGCCUUACGCCCCGCCUCUGAGCCUGGGCUACUACCCCCCAGCACCCCCCCUCUACCUGCCCCACCAUUCCCAUAGCCCUUCACCACCCUCCCACUUCAUGAGGCCUGCUGUCCCCCCUCCUAAGUUCCACUCUGGAGGCCACUCCAAGCUCCAGGCCGGGGCCAAGCUACGGACAUCUAGCGGCCCACUGCAGGCUUCCUCUGGUCGGGGAGAAGGACUGGGAUCCCUGGGUGGUGAUGGUGGAGGGGUGAGGCUCCACAAGAGGAAACACAAGCACAAACACAAGCACAAGGAAGAGACCCCUCUCCUCUCACCUCAUGACAGACAGGAGCUGGGCGGGCUCUUCAGCGGUGCCAAGACCAAUGGGCUGCUCAACCUGUUGACUGACAGGCGGGAGAUGAACAAUCCGAAGCAUCAGGACCAGCAAAGGGGGGGUGGGCGAGGCUCAAGAGGAGGGUCCCGAGGAGCGAUGUUUGAGUCGAACCCUCUCUCUUCUCUCUCCAUGGACCAUGUCCAGUUCCGCCCACGCAUGCCCGGACAGCCAAUGAGCAGCUUCCUGAGCAGCUACAGGAGCCAAUCACAGUGGCCAGAGCUGACCUCUGACCUUUUUAGAUUGCGGGAGGAGGGCAGUGGGCGUGGCAGAAGAAGGGGCUUAGCAGUGUUCGGAGAGGAAGGGGUGAUGUCAUUCCACAAUGCCAGGAAAGAGAAGAGCCAAGAAACAGAAGAGCCGUUCCACAAUGCCAGCCCCACUCUUACAGGUAAGAGGAGGUACAAGCGCCAUGAGGUGGAACAGAUUCACGGUGAGGUCAGGAGGAUGUGUUCUCUCAACAACGUGCUCAACAGUCAGAGGAGUUUUGAACACGUGCAGAAGAUCCUGCGUGUGAAGCGUCUCCAGCGCCAGGCCAAGACUGGCAACAACGUCGUCAAGAGGCGACCUGGUCGCCCCCGGAAACACCCUAUUGAUGAAUCUGAACCCACCAGUUAUGGGAGGGACGAAGGGAGGGGCUUCGGGAUGCCGGUGUUGGAGAGGUGUGUGGACCUACCGGGUAGGCGGAGCUUAAGACCAAGUCCCAUCCCCCAGCCUCUGGAGUUUUCCAAUCACGACUCUAUCUCAGUGGCCAUUGAGACGGUGGUGCACCGAGCACGCUCUCUGGCGCCCCCACCGGCCAGAGGAAGGAAACGUAGGGGGAGGUGCAGGAGAGAGGAGGGAGGGGAUAUGACCUUCCACUAGCCAAUCAGACAGCAUCACAAUUGCAGAUAGGCCAGAGCUAAUCUAUCUAUCAGAGAGCUGGUGAGAGGAUGCUGCAUUCAAAACCAAGUGGGAAGGUAGUAUUUACCACAUACGACUGGAAAAAUCCACGGGAACGCCUCUCCAACUGGCAAUUACUAGUGGGAAACGCAACUAUCGUUGCACCUAAUAAGGAAAUUACCUCGAUAACACCAUUUUCAGCAAAUAAAUGCAACAACAAAACAUUUUAUUUUUUAAAAGCUAUGGUUUUUUAACACCAUAAUUUGUUUACAAGCAUGAUAGCGGUACUUUUAGUUUAUGGUUAACGAAGCUUGUUGGCUAUUAGCCAAUCAGCGUUUCUCAACGAGUUCAAAGCAUGUGAAUGCAUCCUACUGGUAAUUACCCCUUUACAACUGGGUAAUUACCACCUACCCACUUGGUGAUGAACACAGCAAUAGCAGCCAAACAGACAGCAAUGCUGGGACCACCUCUGUGCACUUUGACCUAAUGGCUUGUCUGUUUUUCUUCUGUGAUUGGAUAUAAGGAGAGUGACUGCAGUAGGUCUCUAUGAAGGAACAUUAGGAGAGGAGUAGUGUUUAACUCUGAACGAGUGAAGAGGGGAGGACUGUUGCACCCUGAAUGAGAGUGCCACUGAGGACGAACAGUGACUCUUAUCAUACAUGUAUGUGAUACAAUGAUGCGUACCGUCCUAUAAUAUGAUACUGUAUGGUACUUUAUGCUACAAUAUCUGAUACUAUACGGCACUCUUUGAUAAGAUGCUGUAUGAUACUAUGGUACUAUACAGUAUGAGAUACUGUGGUACUUUAUAAUACUCUUUAUCUGAAUGUGGCAUUAGCCACGUCUCUACCAGCAGACUGGGGGUGGUGAUUGGAUAAUAUGAUACUGUGCAGCUCUGAUCAUGUUUUUGCCUUCUCUGAUGAAGCUAGUUAAUGACCACCUACCUUAUCCCACUCACCCUUCUAUCCCUCACCUCUCAUACCCACAGGAUCUAAGACCAGUAACUCACCCUACCCACUAGCCCUUCUACACUCUCUCUACUCCCCCUGCCCUGUCCUGGGCAUGGAUACUUUAAAGGCAAUAUGUUGGACUGAGCUUCCCUGGCUGUAGGUCUCUACAGCUGUGGUCUAACUGUACAUAGGAGCAUACUCCACUUUCACCCACUUUUUACCACGGGGAAAACAGCCUAUCUACAUGUACUGGCUUAUAUCAAAUAGAAGUGUUGUACAAUAGACCAUAAACGUUGGGAUUGUUGUUUUAUUACCAAAAAUAGACCUGGAUGGGACUCAAGACCUGUUUGUUUUCAGACUGAAGGAACCACAUGUAUUCAUUCAUUUAUUUUGUGUAUGAGAAGGCCAUCACACACAUGGGAAUAUCAGGCGUGUUUGACGAAACCUUGGUUUUAAUGCACUAUAUAAACAUACGCUUACAUUUAAUCAAAAGUCAGCACUUACAUGCUUGUUCUAGCCUUACGUUUUGGCCUUGACUUCAAUGGGGAAUAUCCAUUCAGAAACAUGUGCAUUCAUUUAAUCAAUUUGAAUAUGCAGGACGCUCAGCCAAUGGUGUCAAACCUAAGCCCAAGUCUGAGAUUUGAUUGGACAGUGAAGCUGGAGGAGGGUUAAUGAUCAGUGUUUUGUAGUGAGUGUGUGGUACUCUAAAGAUUCUGUCUGAGUAGUGGUUGAAAAAUAACAUAACACAAAAUGUAAAGAUUGGAAUAAGAAAACCAAAGUCUCAGAGAUAUGUGUGUUUCACGGACUUGUCAGGUGUGGGGUUGUCAGCAUUCUCAAUCUGCAGUUAAACACACCAGCUAGCUAUCAUGUCUUCAGUAUUUCAGAAAAUACCAGUGGGUCAGUAUUUCAUUGGGGACCUGUAAAUGUAAUGUAAACUUGGGAAGCCUCUCCUCUCUCUGUGGGGGUCUUGUCAGCUCCAGCAGUUCUGCACGUGCCUUAUGUUUGUUUCUGAAACCAUCACAUCUCAUUUUGGGGGAAUUCAAAAUGGUGGAGAAGUUACUGCGAUUGAAACCACGUACUUAUGAUUGUGCAUUUACAACACGUGUGUCUUAGCAACCACAACGCGGGCACUACCUGUGUCCCUUUGCAGCCAUACAUACAACAGGCCUGAUUCCAUUUCAGUUGCAAGCCCCUUGUGCUCACCCUGGCUCUUUGGAGUGAACAGAUGUGAAAAGGCUCGGUUAAGCAUCAUGGGAACGAAAAAUGGAUCCAUCACGUACACUAUUACACACAUCCAGUCCUUUCAUAUCUGAGCGCUUUGAGCAAAGGUGGUGGUAAGAGCCAGGGAAAGGGGCCCUGAACUGAAAUGGAACCAGGCCCCAGGCGGUGGACAGGCUGUGCCAGGGGAGUUGUAUUGGGAACCAUGCUGUCUUACGUAGUUGUUUGCUAUGCAUCAGGUCUGGCCUGGGCUGUCUGAGGGAAUCCACCCUUCCACAAAGACAAAUAAGUGUCUUAAUUACCCAAUAAAACAUGAAGUCAUUUAACCAGAAGUGUGAAUAAUAACAGUAAUAAUUUGUAAAGCGUUGUGCAGAAAGUGACUAUCAUUUAAUGUCAACUUUAGUGACUGCAGCUCCCUGCAGUGCUGCCUUAAAUCAGAAGUCAAGCUCCAGUACUGAAGUGUUUGUCUGUUGUAAAUAGUGUCUGUUCUGUUGUGUUCUGUUGUGUUCUGCCUGCAUGGAUACAAACUGGGCUCAGUUACUGGCUGAUAUAGCCUAAACCUAAACCUAUCGUAGACCACAGACCUAUCGUAGACCACAGACCUAUCUUAGACCACAUUUGACAUUAGAGCCAGCAAGCCCCCAUAAGUCAGUCCCUAUCCAUCCAUCAAUUAGAAUGUUCGUCAAACAAUCAUCGCAAGGUUGAGAUCCCAGGGCCUGUGCCAGCCUAUGAUAGUGUCUCUCAUUGCACUUCAGCUAAGACCAAGAACCCUCAUUGGCUAGCAGCUAUACUCCCCUGAGCCAAUGGGUGCCUAGUGCAGCAGUGUGUGCGUGUGUGUGGGACUUGCUCAGAGGGCAUUACCAAAAAUACACCUGUCCUUGUCAGUGUGUGUGUCAGCUCACACGCUGCGCAGAGACUGAGCCUGAACUGGAUCUCAUAACCAAAUUACACCUUUCACAAGAGGUCUGGAUCUCUCUAAACCUUUCUAGGGUCUAAGUGUGGUCUAGAUGAAGUCUAGGAUUGGUCUAAGGAAUCUAGAUGUAGUCUAGGAUUGGUCUAAGGAAUCUAGAUGUAGUCCAGGAUUGGUCUAAGGAAUCUAGAUGUAGUCUAGGAUUGGUCUAAGGAAUCUAGAUGUAGUCUAGGUUGGUCUAAGGAAUCUAGAUGUAGUCUAGGUUUGGUCUAAGGAAUCUAGAUGUAGUCUAGGUUUGGUCUACGGAAUCUAGAUGUAGUCUAGGUUUGGUCUAAUGAAUCUAGAUGUAGUCUAGGAUUGGUCUAAGGAAUCUAGAUGCAGUCUAGGUUUGGUCUAAUGAAUCUAGAUGCAGUCUAGGUUUGGUCUAAUGAAUCUAUAUGUAGUCUAGGAUUAGAUGAAGUCUAGGAUUGGUCUAAUGAAUCUAGAUGUAUUUUAGGAUUGGUCUAAUGAAUCUAGAUGUAUUCUAGGAUUGGUCUAAUGAAUCUAGAUGUGGUUUAAGGGGUCUAAUGAAUCUAGAUGUAGUCUAGGAUUGGUCUAAUAAAUCUAGAUGUGGUUUAAGGGGUCUAUAGGCUUGGCAGCUCAAUAUUCCAUGGUUGGUCUCUGAUGUUUGAGUUAAAGCCACUAGGAUCUGUCUGUUUCUCUCUCUACCAGCCGAUGUUCCGGUGCCUUCUACAGCUGACUAGUAUUGUCCCGAUCCUCUGCUUUAACGCUACACAAGACCCAUCGCGUGGUCCAGUACAGUCCCGUACGGUCAAGUUGGGUUUUGCUGUCUUUUGUUAUGUACUGGGUUCUGUAUUCACUCUGGUCCAACUGUAUAACUGGUAUGACUCCAGGUAGAAGUUUACCCAACCCUAAAUCCUAAUCUUCAUCAUCACGGGGACGAAGGAACAUCUGGUCCUGGAUCAGUGGUUAGGGAAGACCUCUGCCUCUACACUGAGACCAGUCUGACCAUUCCAGGACAGCCACUGGAGCUGAAUCAUACUGCAUGCGCCUCAAAUCACAGCCUACAUAGUGUACUACCACAGAACCUGUUCAAACGCAGUGCGCUGGUAUGGAGUCAUUUGAGAAGCAGCCACAGUCUCUACUAAUAUGUGUAGUCAUUAACAUAUAUGUUAUGUUUCCAAGCUUUAAUGUUGUUCAACGCUGAACACGCAGAUGAAGCGUCAAUGAGGAAACCAAUAGAUGUACUUUGCAAGAGCACAAAGUGAGCUCUUAACUGUGUUGGCAUAUUUGAGUUUGAAUACAUAGUGUAUUUGAACCUUUUUAGGAGAGUGGGUUUUCCUUUCUUUGCUCCACUUGAUUGUCUGCAUUACGAUUUUAGACGAGCGGAGAAGUUGACUUUCAGUUGAAAUUGGAGCAAAGACUUGUACAUUGUUUGAUAUGUUUGUUUUUGUAAUGGAUUUUUAAUUCAUAAAGCAUUUUUGUACAUUGUAUGAAUAUUAAAAAUGGCAAAUAUUUGACAUGUAGACAUAAGUAAAUACUUAGAUGCUCAUGCAUAUGCAUAUAUCCUUCUUCGUAUGUAUGUGUAAAUGUACACAUAUUUUGUAUUUGCCUUCACUCAUAUACAGAUAUAUGUCAUAUGCACAUAUACAUGCAAUAUACUGUAUAUGUAUAGCCAUGUCUGCUGGCAUGCUUCUGGUCAUGUUUACUUAACAUGAUCUUGUCGUCUUUAUUUUCAUUUUUUUUCUCUUUUCUCUGAGGAAAAGCUUGUUCUUUUGCUACCGUUUUCCUGGCUGGCCGCAUUGGGCACUUAUUAAGAUGAAAUUGAACUUGUUAAUGUUAUUCAUUGUGUGAAAUAAUAAAUGAGUUUAUUGAAAGCUGA